AUUUCUCCUAGCAACGCUGUGCUCGGUGGUACAUACACCCUCUGUUGUGCCAUUUUGAGUUAGGUGGAAAAGUUUAGUUUUUUUUUUGUUGUUGCUUUUUUCAUUAAUAAAAAGAUCCAUAGCUCUUUUCUUCUAUACGAAAAAGUAAAUAAAGCAUUUCAUAUAAUAACACACAACAAGAUUUGGUACCAUUUAGGCGAUUCAAAAGGAAAACAACGAAGAUCAAAAGAUGGAAGGUGAUAGACAAAAACAGGCAAAAGGAGUGCAGGAAAGGAAGAACCACCACGAUUGGUCAAGUUCUUCAGACACAUCCCAAGAAGACAAUGUUGAAGCAGAGAAGAGGAGGAGUUUCCGUUGCGAAAGGUGUUCAAGAUCAUUCACCCGAUUCUUCGAACUUAUGAAGCAUAAGAAGAGACAUCACGGAGUGGAGAUAUCUGGAAGUCCAGUAAAAACAACUACAGAGACCUCUGGCCAUAAUCAUCAAGACGAAGGAUCUCCGAAACUGAGAACGCACUCUGAGGAUUUUCAGUGCAGCAUCUGCUCAAAGACGUUCAAAAAGAAAAAUUACCUAAGGAUGCACGAAAAGCGUCAUGGGAAGAUCUUCAAAUGUGCAAUCUGCAAAAAAGCAUUUUCUACCAAGCAUCAUGUUGCCAGACAUCUUAUGAUACAUUCAAAGAGGAGAGACUAUGAAUGCCACCAAUGCGGCAGGAUUUUUAAAUCAAAAAACUGUCUUCAACGUCAUGAGAAAAUCCACAGCAGUGAAAAGCCCAACAUCUGCAAAAUCUGUGGAAAAGGAUUUAAAAAUAAAUAUUACUUGCCGCUGCAUUCUAAAGUACAUGAAACGAAUCGUGAGAACUUUGAAUGCGCCCACUGUGGAAAAAUAUGUCUGUGGAAGAAAUCCUUAAGACGCCACCUAAUCACGCACUUUGCUAAAGGAAAGAAGUAUUCCAUUCAUGGGAAAAUUUUCAAAAAUAAGACUGAUAUGCAAAGCUAUCUACGAGAGUAUUCUCUUACGAGGAUUUUCCAAUGCGAUCGUUGUCCAAAGGCUUACAAACAUAAGGGAAAUCUUCAAAGCCAUCAGUUGACCUUUCAUGGAAAAAAGCCUUUCCGCUGUGGCAUUUGUGGAAAAAAAGUGAUCUCAAAACAAAAUCUGAAUAAGCACAUACAGGCGCACGAUAAAAAUCGGAAGACCUAUGAUUGUGCAGUGUGUUACAGGAAAUUUUUCACACCCAAAAGCCUUAGCAAACAUCUACUACAUAAACAUUUGAGAGAACGAGCGUAAGAAGAGAUUCCAUGGAGUGGAGAUUUCUGGAAGUCCAGAGAAGAUUACUUCAAAGACCUCUGGGCUUGAUCAUCAAGACGAAGGAUCUCCGAAACUGAGAACGCACUCUGAGGAUUUUCAGUGCAGCAUCUGCUCAAAGACGUUUAAAUAGAAAAAUUACC